AUGCUUGCGGUCGCAGGCGUGAUUUUCAGUCUUUUCGCGCCGAGCCUGUCCGGAACGAAACGCCGGGACCAGCGAAUGCAGGCUGUUGCCGCGCGUCCGCAAACAGAGAAGCAACGCAAACUGAUACGUGACGACGACCGGCGCAAGAAGUCCAUUCAGGAUCAGCUCAAGGAUUUUGAGGAACGGCAGAAGGCCAAGCACGACAGGCAGCAGAAAGUCCCGCUCAAAGUCAAGAUGGAGCAGGCCGGCCUGGGUUGGGAAAUGAAGCAUUUCGUCAUUUUCAGCAUUGUAUCCUGCCUGAUUUUUCUCGUGAUCGGUUUCCUUGCAAGCGGAAACAUCUGGAUUACCUUUGCCGCCGGUUUCGCCGGUGCGCUUGGUUUUCCGCGCUGGUAUGUCGGCAACAAGCGUAAGCGCCGUUUCAACAGGUUCCUGGAGGAACUGCCGAACGGGGUGGACAUCAUCGUGCGCGGUGUGAAGGCAGGUUUGCCGCUCGGCGAUUGCAUCAAGGUGGUUGCCCGUGAAUCCCGCGAACCCGUGGCAACCGAAUUCCGGAAAAUCACCGAGACCCAGAUUAUGGGUGUAUCGCUGGCGGAAGCCGUCGCAAAAAUGCCGGAACGUGUGCCUUUGGCGGAAGCGAAUUUCUUCGCGAUCGUUGUCGCCAUUCAGCAAAAGGCCGGUGGCGGCCUGGCCGAAGCACUUGGAAACCUGUCGAAGGUAUUGCGCGGCCGCAAGGCACUGAAGGGCAAGAUCAAGGCACUGAGUUCGGAAGCAAAAUCCUCUGCCAUGAUCAUCGGUGCCAUGCCGUUCGGUGUCGGAGGCAUCAUCUUCCUGAUCGCGCCCGACUACAUCAUGAUGCUGUUCAAUACCACGGCCGGCAACAUCAUUAUCGCUGGUUGUCUGUUCUGGAUGUUCAUCGGCGUGAUGGUCAUGCGCCACAUGAUCAACUUCGACUUCUAG